AUGAGCGGCAACAUUGCCAUCACCGGAAUUCCCACCACUCCUGGCUCGGACGGAUCCGUGCCCCUCCGCCGCGAGCUCCGGGAUCUCCAAAAGAACCAUCCCGACGAGUUCAACCUCUUCAUCUUGGGCCUGAAGAGCCUGGAGGGCAAGGAUGAGAAGGGCCUGACGUCCUACUACCAGAUCGCCGGUAUCCAUGGCAUGCCGUACAAGCCGUGGAACGGCGUGGGCAGCGACACGGACUGGCAGAGCGACGGCGGCUUUGGAGGCUACUGCACCCAUUCCUCCAUCCUGUUCCUGACCUGGCAUCGUCCGUAUCUUGCUCUGUAUGAGAAAUCCCUGUAUGACGCCGUCCAGGACGUUGCCAAGCAGUUCCCGCAGGGAGCGCUGCGCGACAAGUAUGUCCAGGCUGCCAAGACCUUCCGCGCCCCUUAUUUCGACUGGGCGAGCCAGCCGCCGCGGGGGUCGUCGGCCUUCCCGAGCGUGCUCACCACGGCAAACAUCCAGGUUGUCGACGUCGACGGCAAGGCCAAGUCCGUCACCAACCCCUUGUACCGGUUCAGCUUCCACCCCAUGAACCCCUCGCCGGAGGACUUUUCGCGACAGUGGAGCCGUUACCCGACGACGGUCCGCUAUCCCAACCGGGUGACGGGCCAGUCGCAGGAUUCGCGCAUCGCACCCAUCCUGGCCAACGAGCUGGCAUCGCUGCGCAACAACGUUAGCCUGCUGCUGCUCUCGUACACCAACUACGACGCCUUCAGCUUCAACGCGUGGGAUCCCAACACCAACUCGGGCGAGUUCGGCAGUCUGGAGGACGUGCACAACGAGAUCCACGACCGGACCGGCGGCGGCGGGCACAUGUCGGCCCUCGAGGUGUCGGCCUUUGACCCGUUUUUCUGGCUGCACCAUGUCAACGUCGACCGCCUCUGGGCCAUCUGGCAGGACCUCAACCCCGACAGCUUCAUGUCGCCGCGGCCGGCGCCGUACUCGACCUUCAGCGUCACCGGCGGCGACAUCCAGAGCGAGGACACGCCGCUGGAGCCCUUCUGGGACAAGUCCGGCACGAAGUUCUGGACGUCGGCGCAGAUCAAGGACACGACCACGUUCGGAUACGCCUACCCGGAGACGCAGAAGUGGCGGUUCCCCGACCAGCAGUCCUACCAGACCAGCAUCCGGCAGGCCGUGACGGCGCUGUACGGUACCAACGUGUUCACCAACUUCGUGGCCAACAACCUCGCCAAGCGCAAGGACGAGCACGCCCCAACCGUCUUCACAACCCUCGCCUCCGCCCCGCCCUCCCAUCCCCCGCUCUCCUCCUCCUCCGCGAAGCAGGAAGCAGAAGAAGGCCCGAUCCCGGCCAGCCUGCGCCAUCUCGCGCCCAACAACGCCUACACUGAAUGGGUGGUCAACGUACGGGCGGAAAAGCACGGGCUGGGCGCCUCGUUCCGCGUGCUCGUCUUCCUCGGCGCGUUCGACGAGGCCGACCCGUCCGGCUGGGACACCGAAUUCAACUGCGUGGGGCGGGUGUCGGUGCUGGGGCGGGACGGGCAGACGACGCAGUGCGCGCGGUGCCGCAGCGACGCGGCGGGCGGGCUGAUGGUGUCGGGCACGGUGCCGCUGACGUCGGCGCUGCUGCAGGACAUCGCGGUGGAGGGCCAGCUGGCGAGCCUGCGGCCGGAGGACGUGGUGCCGCACCUGCGGCGGCAGCUGGCGUGGCGGGUGACGCUGUUCGACGGGGAGGAGAGGAACGUGGAACAGGUGCCCGGCUUGAAGGUCAGCGUGGCGUCGACGGAGGUGACGAUCGGGGAGGACGGGCUGCCGAACUAUAGCGGCGAGUAUAGAGUCUGGCCGGAGGUGACGGAUGGGAAGCCGGCUGGGCUGAGUGAGGGCGAGCAUGUCUAG